AUGGCCAUCGCCCGCAUCCGCACUCCAGAUGAGCCGCCUAGCGCAGCUUGGAACUUGGAGGGUGCUGACUACGUCGGCUUCCGUAAAUGGCCGCAUCAAGAUCAAUUUGAGGACAACGAUAGCCUACAAUGCGCAACAGAAGACCGGGGUCCAGCUAGACCUCCAGAAGUUGACGCAUGGCCGGAUCAGGACGAUGAAGAUGACCCAGAUUGGGCGCCAGAUGCACAGAGUUCCAGCGAUGAAGAGCCUCUGGAGUAUGAUUGUGAAUGGGAGACUGAUAGUGAAGAUAUAGAGGCUGAAGUUCCAUCUACAUCUGAUGAGGAGGACAGCGACUACUCGAAUGAUGUACCCGACCGGUACCCUCUUACGGAUCUCUAUACCUGCGAAUUUCCUGAUCGCUUGCCACAUGGCACAUGGCGCAACGGUCUUGCCUACUACACAGGCGAUCGACAACAUCCUGAGAAAUGGUCUCUACUUAGUCUGGACGAUUCAAACGUCCCCUUAGAGCACAUCGCCUCACUUUCAUGCCAAAGUCUGCAAGGUAUCAACGGCCAUGUUCUCAGCGUCGCACAAAUGAAGAACUGUCGAAAUGUCCGAUUUCUCGUCCCCAAGCCGUCGAUGUGGAAAGCUGAUUUAAGCGAUCAACUUUUUGACGGAAGCAGUGAUAAUCUAUUCUAUGUAUCUGGAGAGUCAAGCGGUUCAAAUAUGAUCGAGGGCAGACGUUUCAGAGGUAUUCACUCACUUUAUCCACCGCGACAUGGGUUGAAGGAUAUAAGUACCAGCUGGGUGUAUGUGGACGAAGGUUGCAUGGAGCUUGAUUACUCGCUGGUUCCACUCCCGGUGCAUUCAUAUUGUCUGGAUAUCUAUGCCAAGGCCUCACUCCGUCGUCUAGGGCACGUUGACUUGAAUGGACUGUGGCACUGGCGUGAGAUGCGGAAUAUGCCAGCUUCAUACGGCCUUGAAGAUCGUAUUCCGGAACCGAUACGGAAACAGAUACACUUGCCAGAACUGCGGCGAGCCCGCACGCAGUGGGAUUACCCUUGGCUCCAUAUACCUGGCGAUGAGUGGCUUGUUGCAAAUCCUGUCGAGAUCCCUGGUAUUUCCCGAGUUUUGGAGUCGUGCAUGAAAGAGUUGUGCUUGAAGGGAUAUGAACAGCAGCCUACGGGGUUGUUGGCCCUGCCUGCCGAGAUCAUCCAUCAUAUUCUGUCAUUUCUUGUCAUAUCAGACGUUGAAAGCACGGCCAAGGCUUGCAGGGCGAUGUUCAUGCUUGCGCAGCCAUCAUUCAGGGAAACCAUAGUUAGAGACAUGCCGUGGCUGUGGGAGGUUCUCGAGAAUAAUGAAUAUCCCGCGUCUCGUGAUUGCCUGCCGACAUGGGAUCCUCUCUGCCCUCUGGGUAUUCCACCACCAACACUCCCCAUCGGAUUAGAGUCUGAAGAGGAGGAAGAGGAUCGAUGGGAACCUAUUCUCUUUGAAUUCCCUGAGAUGCAGCAAGUUUGCAAGGCGACCAAGGCUGUCAACCGUCAGCGCCGCGAGGAGAUCAUAGCACCUUAUCAUGAAAAGUUGAAGGUUUUACUGCAGGAUUGGCACAGCUUUCGCAAAAAUGUUGAAGUUUGGAUACAUGGCAAAGGCGAGCGACGGGAUAUGAAUUGGAGGCGAGUAUGGUUCCUGUUAAACCCUGCGACGAGCCCGUUGCCAGGUAUAAGAAACAGGGCAAGGAUCUGGGAGGGCUGCAAGACCAUCAUGGACUUUGUUGUCUUGGCUCGUGAGGGAGAUAUGGGAGAAAGACAUAAGGAGUUGAAAGCCAAGAUAUUAGACUUCGUUGAUGAGAACUCAUAUGCACUGCCUGAUACAGUUCCAGAUGUCCCUAGUUGGCUGCAAGCAUAUUAG